UUUUAUGAUUUAUCAGGACUUUUCACCUGAUUACGUGCCGACAUUAUCGGGACAUUUGGGAUUAUGAGGACAGGGACGGUGUCCUCAUAAUUCCUGUAAUACAGAUGCAUUUAUCUAAGUUAGAAAACCCCCCCUGCAAACUUUGGGGCCAAGUCCUCUUACACCACAAAACCACGAAAACCAGUUCACACAGUGUAAACUCUGCAUUCAGCAUCGCGCCCUCUGUAGGCUGGAGCCGGAGAAACACCAGAAUAACACUUGCGUUAAGAUUUACGGCUGCUGAUUGGCUAGUUCUGGACUAGCCAUCUAAGGUUGUGAUUGGCUGAGAGGUAUGUCAUUCACUGCGAAUCCUCGUUUCUAUCGGUGGACUUCAGCAGGAGACUAAGAGGACACUACAAUAUCCUGUAAUAUCCAAGUCGUGGAACAGACUGUAAUCAGGAGGAGAUGGCUUCUUCGAAGUUGAGAAGUAGAAAACUUUCUCCAAAACAAGAGGCUGCAUAUUUUAUAUCUGCAUGUAAAGACAAAGAUGGACUUUAUGUGAAAUAUAUAAAUUCAUAUAAAGGCCGUGGGGUAUACAGCAGAUUCCAUUUUGAGAGGGGAGAUUUUCUUCUGGAAUACAGAGGGCAACUCAUCAGCAGGCAUGAAUGUGAAAGUAGACAGAAAAUAUAUCAUGAUGCCCUCAAAGUGUUCAUGUUUGAAUUUUAUUUCAAUGGAAAAUUGUUUUGCAUUGAUGCUGCCCGAGACGAUGGCUCCCUUGGGAGACUGGUGAAUGAUGACCAUGUUAGCCCAAACAGCAAAAUGAAAAAAAUAACCAUAUCAGGAAAGCCCCAUCUAUGUUUAUUCGCAACCAGAAGCAUUAGUCCUGGAGAAGAAAUUACAUAUAACUACGGUGACUCUGACUGGCCAUGGAGAUGCAAGGUGGCUACUGAAAAAGACCAACUGCACCCAAAAGAGCAGAGCACAUCAAGUGAGAACAUAACCGAUGUGGGAAUGACUACGAAUGUCCAGUUGUUGCCAGAAGGACAGCAUGCAGAUGUCCUAAGAGAAGAGACAGAAGAGGCUGUUUCUGAGGGAGACCCCUGUGCCAAUACUCUGAUGGAUAACUCAUCACUUAGCAAAGAAAUGGAACAGAACAUAACCGAUGUGGGAAUGACUACGAAUGUCCAGUUGUUUCCAGAAGGACAGCAUGCAGAUGUCCUAAGAGAAGAGACAGAAGAGGUAGCCACCAAACUUGAUUUUUGCAAGACAGGGGGUCACAGAUCAUCAUUUCCAAAUGAGAAUGUUGAGAAGCAGCCCUGUAAGCAUGAGGUCAUCCAUGCAAAUUUUUCAAGCAUGGACAAAUGUUCUGCAUGUUUUGGACCUGUGGCGCCACUCAAGUGGAUUGGUCUGAGGUGUAAAGUGUGCUCUAAAUUUUGGCACAAGAACUGCUUUGCAAAAUUUGAAAAGAAUGAUGAAGAACCACUUUCAUGGGAUAUAGGAUUUUCAAGUUCUGAUGAGGAAGUGUCACUCUCAGAUGAGGAAUAUGUCCCAGACUCAGACAGUGAAUCGUGCAGUUCAGUGGAGUUAGCAGCAGGAUAUGUAAACAAUGUCCAAAACAAAUGUUCCUCAAAUGAACAGAACGUGAAAGUUGCCACCUCAGAGUGCACCAAAUCUCAGAAAACAAAGUUGAACCAGGAAGGUGUAAGCAAAGGUUCACAGUAUUUGAAGGCCAGGGAAGUGUCUUGUUUAAAUGAGGAUGAUUUAUUUUGUUGUCUGGAGGAGUUGACAAGUGGAGAAUCAGACAAUGAGUCAGACAGUUCUGCAGAAGGGACAGAUUUACUUUCAAGCACCAGUCAAGUUAAACGCCUUUCAGAGAUCAAAAGAUCAUCAAAAGUUGACGUUUUAAUUAAUAGAUCAGAUCGUGUUUCUUUGCCCAGAAAAGACCAUAAAACACCUACAAGUGAACAGCAGUUGGAAAUAAUAGGUGGUACUAGUGCACUUGAUUUGCCUGGAGAUUAUAAGGAUGUAUCAGUGGCAGGAGCAAAGGGUAACAUGGCUGGAGCUGAGAAAUGUCUUCAAUCAUCAGACAUUUCUUGUUCUGAAAAUAAGAAUUACUGUUACAUUUGUGGGAAACCACAGUCAAAAAUAUCUCGUCAUUUAAAAACCCAUUUGACUGAAGUUGAAGUUGCAGAAGCACUGUCAUUUCCAAAACGCUCAAAAGAACGCAAAAGACUACUAGAAAAAAUUCGGAACAAGGGGAACUAUCGGCAUAAUUCCAAUGUAUUAGAGAAAGGAAAUGGGUUGCUUAAAGUAAAACGAAGGCCAAACAAAGAUUGUGAUUCAAAACAGUUUGUGCAUUGUAUGUACUGCAAAGCAAUGUUUGGGCGUAAAGAACUAUGGCGACAUGUGAGAAGAUGUUCCUCAAAGCCAGGUUCAGUAAGUGAACAUCAGGGACGGACCAGAGUGUUGGGUUUGGCUGCCAUGGCAGAGUCUACAUCUUUGCAGCAGAUAUCUGGAGGAGUUUGGAAGCUCUUGAGUGCAAUGAAGCAAGAUGACAUAUCUUCUGUUGUACGCAAUGACUUCUGCAUUCUUCAGCUAGCGCAGUCAUUCUUCAACAAACAUGGAAAUGACCCUACCAAGUUUGAAUAUAUUCGUCAGAAGCUUCGAGAAAUUGGGAGGUUUUUGAUAACAUUGCGCAGUGAGUCCUCUAUAUACAGCCUUGAGGAAGCUAUAAAACCAGCUAAUUUCCAGCAUGUUAUUGAAGCUGUGAAGAAAGUGUCAGGUCAUGACGAAGAAAAAAACUACUACCAAAGGCCAAGCCUAGCAUUGAAAUUGGGCCACACAUUGCAAAAGGUCUGCGAGCUCAUCCACUGCAGAGGUCUAAUGGCAGAAGAUGAAGAGUUAAUUAAGUCAACUGAGACAUUCAGAAAGCUAUAUACCACCAAGUGGUCUGAGCUAAUAUCACACAGGGCUUUAAGCACAAUGAAUGAAGCAAAAUUCAAUAAACCGUCAACACUGCCUUUCACUCAUGAUGUUCAGCUCCUUCAUAAACACCUGGAAACUACUGCCAAUGCAGCAUCUGAAAACCUGAAAAAAACAUCAUCAUCACAAAGUUAUGCAGAACUUGCAAAAGCUACCCUUGCAAGGGUAAUUAUUUUCAAUCGUAGGCGUGCCGGUGAAGUAUCUAAAAUGCAGCUCAAAAGCUUCCAGGAAAGAGAGAACACACUACUUCACGCAGAUGUUGCAGUAGGUCUUUCCAAAUUUGAGCAGAAACUCUGUAGUCAUUUUAGUAGAGUUGAAAUCAGAGGUAAAAGAGGUCGAAAGGUUGCUGUCCUCCUCACACCAGAUAUGGUAGAUGCCCUAACACUUCUGGUGAAUAAAAGAACAGAGUGUGCGGUUCAGGAUAACUGCUUCUUGUUUGCUAGACCCAAAUGCCAGAGUCAUUACAGAGGUCAAGAUUGCUUGCGGCUCUAUGCAACUCAGUGUGGUGCUCAAAAUCCACAACAUCUCAGGUCAACACAUUUGCGCAAACACGUGGCCACUCUAUCACAAAUUCUUAAUUUGAAAAACAAUGAAUUAGAUCAAGUUGCUGACUUCUUGGGGCACGAUAUUCGUGUACACCGUGAGUAUUACAGGCUUCCAGAAGCGACAACUCAGCUGGCAAAAAUAUCCAAACUUCUGCUUGCUAUGGAAAAAGGGUGUCUCCCUAACUUUCAAGGCAAAUCACUCGAUGAAAUUGAAAUUGAAGAUGAGAUCAACUUAACUGAUGGCAGUGAUGGAACUGAACCUGACAGUGAUACAGAGGAUGCUACCUUGGGCACACCAAGACUGAAUGAAAGUCAAAGCAUUCAGCCAGCUACAGAAGAUAAUGCUGGAGGCUCAACAGAUUCCAUCAGUGUGGGCCAGGUUUUUACAGCAGCAAUUAAAACCUCAAAGAAGAAGUCGCGAACACAGUGGUCAAAACAGGAGGUGACAGCUGUAUUGAAACAUUUUAAAGAUCAUAUAACCAAAGGAAAACUGGCAACAAUGGCAGAGUGUCAGCAGUGCAAGUCAGCUGAGGACCCUGUUCUGGCAGGGCGCACUGUACAAAAUAUAAGAGAUUUUGUUAGAAAUAGAGGGAUCACACUAAAAAGGAAAACCAUGUCUAAUUGAAUAUAUAUUAUUUUCUAUAGAGGCAAAAAUGCCAAGGAGAAAAAUAUUGUUUAUUUCUAAUUUUUGGGGAGUAAAGAAUUUGCCCUCGUGUCAUGCACUCUUAAGUUGCAGAAAGUCUUUUGUUACAAGUUAUAAUAAAAAAUUAAUUAUUUUAAUAUUAAUAUUUUAAUUUCACGUUAGUACUUGUGCAUAAGUAAUCUGCAUUUCAUUAAUCAGGAAAAAAGUCAUUUUUGUUUUUGUGCAUAUUCGAGGUCCAAUAAAACAUCACUGACCUUCUAGCACAGUGAAUGGA